UUCACAGCAACGGCAGGACUCCGCGUUGCUGGGCAAUAAAGUUUGGGCGAGGAACGUUCGCGAUCCCGAGAACGAUCAGUUGGCAGCGGACGCACUGAACGUGCCGGUGUACGUUGAAGGAUUUUAUUUGAGAUUUCAUUUCAUUUGCGUAAGAAAGGGACAUUUUUGGCUACUCUGUAAGAAACGUGUUCGUGACGAAAAUAUUUGAAUGAAUGUAACGGUGUAUUAGUUUAACGUCACGGUGCAUCAAUUGUAACUGUGUAUCAGAUCUAUGUGAAGGAAGUGCACAACAAUAUGGACAAUAUGCCCCAUUAAUUUUCCGAAUGUAUGAUCUCGUACUCAUAACUCGAGGGAGGCGCCGAGGGGAACAAAGAAAUCGUUCAGGGUUGUGCACUGUGAGUGCACAACCUCAGCUUGCACCUUAUAUAUCCUGCAGCAUCUGCAGUCAAGAGUUCAGUCGCAGGUUGCACUUCAGCAAGGAAGGUUGACGUGUCUGCUGGCCAAACUUCUCCUGCGAUUUUGGCCACUGAAGUGAGAGCUGCCACCGAGAAGAAAGAUGUUUGCUGUGAGUUCUUUGAGUUCAUUGCUGCUCUCAAAAAGUUCAUCAAAUCACAAGUUUCGUGACGGCAUCAGUGGCUUCAGUUUUAUUAUUGAUGGAAAAUCGGUGAACAUUUCAUCGAGCCGCGCUCUCGGUGGAGGUUCUUCUUCGACGAUCUUCUUCGACCCGAGAACAGAGCGAGAAACAGGAGAAGUGUUCAAAAUAUCGCCUGAUCAGCUGUGGGAAACAAUGUUGUGUUGUGCCGAGGUGGACGGUGAAGAUUUGGGUGCUGUUGAUGUGUACAAAGUUCCUCUGGAGAGCAGCCAGAAGUCUCCAAUCGAAGGCAGCGUUUUCAGCGUUAUCUUCGAUGCUUUUCAUAUGUUUGUAACCAUACGCAUUGGGCGAGCUUAUUGGUCUUUUGAAAGGUAUGCAGAGGGCAUCUUGGUGCAAAGGAGUCUUCAGGCGGAUGCGGUCAUUAAGAAAUCAAUGAAAGAAGACCGUGUAAAGGGCUUCUCCGUCCUGCAGACACGAUGUUCAGAGAGUCUUGGCGUGAGCAAAAAGCUAGACACCGUAAAUGAUCUUAUCUCAGUGUUGAAAGAAGAGUUUAAGGCGAUAAUAAGCAGUCCGUUCGAUGCCCUGCUCAACAACUGCCAGCAUUUCGUUCGGAAGAUCCUUCGGCAAAUGGGGUUCAAUUAUAAUAGUUGAUUAUUCCAGGCGUGACUUGACCAUUCAACUUAGAUAAACAUAGGGGUAGACGAUGCUCUGAUCCCUUUAUGGGUAAACUUACGUUCAAAGAUAAUUUUUCAGAUAAUAUGAAACAUUCCGAAAUUUGAUUCCUAACAGCUUACGUAGUUCUAAAAAAUUGUUCGUUCCAAAUUUGAAGUGUUAGCUCGUCACGAAUUAUUUUAUGAAUGGUGUAUACCAAGGCACUGAGUCAUAAACGCGACGAUAAUUGAAGAAUAACAUUUACGGCUUAAGACCUGUAUUAUUUGGCUACAAUGCAGUGAGAUGUUUGUAAUUUUUGCAAAUUUAAUGAUUCGAUUGUGACACCUAAAAACAUAGCUAAGUAUAUACCUAUAAGAUAAUAUUUAGUUUUCUUUGCAUUCAUUAAUUUGACAACUGCCAAUUUGAACUAUUAUAGAUGUAAGACUUGAAACACGUCUUCAAAUAUUUACCCCUGGCCAUUUAAUCAUUUAAAUAACAUUAAAAUGAAGUAAUGAUACUUAUAUGAAGCUCAAAUUUUCAUUCACUGAAUUCACUGAAUAAAUGUUCAACUACAUUCA